AUGCAAACGCAAGCCCAACUCACAAGUGCAGUGCUCCACUCCACCAGAGAAGAAAAAACCAACCAACGUCCAUCAAUGGCGUCGUGCAGCCAGCACCUCCUCUCAGCCGUCGCCAUCUUCUCCGUCCUGGCCGCCGCCGCCACCGCCACCAGUAUCUACACCUGCUACGAAGGGGUGGGCCUCCCCGUGGACCCGCUCCAGGGCUGCCACUACUACGUGACCUCGCAGACCUGCGGCUUCGUGCCGCUGCUCCCAAUUGAGGUGAUGAAGGACCGGUGCUGCCGGGAGCUGGCCGCCAUCUCGUCCAACUGCCGCUGCGAGGGGCUGCGCGUCUUCAUCGACCGGGCGUUCCCUCCCAGCCAAAGCCAAGGCGGUGGCCCCCCGCAGCCGCCGCUGGCACCUAGGUGCCCGACGGAGGUGAAGAGGGACUUCGCCAGAACGCUCGCCCUGCCGGGGCAGUGCAACCUGCCGACCAUCCAUGGCGGCCCCUACUGCGUCUUCCCAUGAACGCUAGCUUGUUCAUGAAAACAUUGUGUGAAUGAAUAAGCUAGCAGCAUGUCACAUCCGUGGAUGGGUGAUAUGGUUACAUGCAUAAGUGCGCAAUAAAGAGAAUAAUCUUCCGAUGGUUCUUAAA